AAUUCGAGUGUUAAUCAUUUCGAGUGUUCAAAUAAUACUAAAGAGUUCAGCAAAAUGAAGCAACUUGAUGGCACAGUUAAAAAAAGAUGAAUACAGCUGAAAGCCUUGUCAUUUAAAUUGUAUAAUCAUAAAAAUAGACUCGAAUUCUUGAGGAAGGAUUAUAGUGCAUCCCUGUUGAUUUAAAGCCGCUUCGGGCGGAGGCGUUUAUCUCCGUGAAUUGGGAACCUCUGUUUGAACACCUGAAUACUUAAUAAAUGGAUAAAAUUAACAUUAAUAACGACUGUCUGUGACCGAUCCACAUCUUAUCCGACGACAAACGUGUUCGACAGUCGCGUGUGAUAUAUACGUUAGGAAAGUUUCUCGAAGAAGGUGGGUCGGCAGUACCCUAGUUGCUUCUUAGACAAACUAUUCCGAAAAAGUAAGGAAUCACUAUUUGGAUUCAUCGGUGAUUGAUUUUGUGGCAUGGAUUCGGAAGAAUACACCAACGAAUUGUCAAGAAACGAGUCUGAAAAUGAUAGCAAUAACGAAGACUGUACUCAUUCCCCAAUAUUAUUGGAUCUAGAUAAAAACACUAAACAACAACAACAACAGCAAGAAAUAUUAAAACAAGAAGAAGAUUCGAUAACAAAGUUACCCUCUGUCGGUCAAUACUUGCAGGAUCAGUUGAUUAAAAAAGGAUCAGAAAAUUCAUGCGUUCCCCGUCGACAGUCAGGAAGGAAAUCAUGGCAGGAUGGAAGCUUUGAAGAUCGUCAUCAAAAUAGCGAUCGAGUGUUUGUAAUAAGAGUACCAGAACCAGAAGUGAUUAAUACUCAUCCUCAUUUAGAAAUUCUUCAUGAAACUAACAUUAAAUCGGUGCAACGAGAGCCAUCACAAACUGAGAAAGAUUACAAGAAGUCAGCCUGCGAUCGCGAACGAACUAGGAUGCGAGACAUGAAUCGUGCAUUCGAACUUUUGCGAUCAAAAUUACCGAUAUGCAAGCCACCGGGAAAGAAACUUUCGAAAAUCGAAUCACUGAGGCACGCAAUAACAUAUAUACGCCAUUUACAGAGUCUUUUAGAACCACAAUAUAGUUACGUUCCGAAUGUACCUGAAAGAGGGUAUUAUCCUACGAGCACAUCGGUUACUUCGAGUACAUCUUUUGAUGUACAGCACCCUUCACGAGUCUACAAUAAUUUAAAAUAUGUAGAUCACCAAGUCCGUAAUGAUAAAAAAAUCAAGAAAUAAAAGAGUUUACUUUUGUAGAUGAUGAACAAGUCUAACAAUGUUGUUAUAACUCAACUACAAUAUCCGAUUUGAAUACCUAUGUAGUCUAAGCAAGAAUCGCAGAGGGACACGCAAAAUGAAAUUGUCGUUCACACUGGAAGUAGCACGGCGUAUAGUUCAUAAUUUUUAAAUUAAAUACUUUUAAGCAUAUAUCACCAAGAAAUCCCAUUAUGUGUAUGAUAUUUUAAUGAAUGCGUUCGCUAAUUCUUUGUUAAGCGCUGAGACGCUUUUUUUUAAAUACAGUCUCAAGAAACAAAAUCAAAAUUUAACUAAAGACUAUUUAAAAAAAAAGUACUUAGAAAGCUGAGUGAUAUUUAAUAAGUAUUAUAAUAA